AUGAUUUACACCAUACAAAUGUGCACAAAGCCAUCUUAUGCAAAUGUUUUUCAUUUCAAACUGCGUAAAAACCUUCCUUCCUUGAUUGAUUUUAAAGAACAUUCUGUAAAAAAAAGAGACCUUUUCUAAAGGCCAACGAUGGCAACAGCUUUCGAACAAGAAACGAAAAUUUCAGCUCCUAAAGAUAGCUAUAAAGAAUCUUUAUUGGUUUCGCUUGAAAGCCUUCGCCGAGACAGUCUUCUUUGCGAUGUCGUACUAAACGUAAAUCACCAAGAAUUUCAGGCUCACAGAUGCAUUUUAACAGCAAGCAGCCCAUAUUUUCGAGGAGUAUUCACAAGUGAUAUGAUAGAAAAAGAAGCAAAGGAGUUAGAUCUAGAUUUCCUCGACGCAGACGCCAUGGAACCUCUAUUGAAGUACAUGUACACUGGAGAAGUUGAGAUCAAUGAAGCCAAUGCUCGUAGCCUCGUAUCAGCUGCUGAUUUUUUGUUGAUACAGAGUUUAAAGACGAUUGGCUGUGAAUUUCUAGAGUCGAUAAUUUGCCCUGGAAAUUGUUUUGAGCUCCGAGACUUUGCCGAGAAAUACAACUGCGAUCAACUCAAGGCGACUGCUACCACUUUUAUCAUCAAUAACUUUGCAGCAGCAAGCGAGUCAGAGGGCUUUAAAUUUGUCGAAUAUAAAAUUCUAUCUGAUCUGAUAUCCCGGGAUGAGUUGGUCGUGAGUGGAGAAGAGCAGGUUUAUGAAGCCAUAAUGUCGUGGGUCAGGAACGAUUUAGAUACAAGAAAGGAAUGUUUUGAAAAACUAUUCUCUGAGCUUCGCCUCGUAUCUAUUUCAAAACACUACUUAACGGAAACAGUCGAAAAGGAAGAGUUGGUCAGUGAAAGUUUUGAGUGUACGAAACUUCUGUUCAAAGCGAUGAAAUCUUUUGCAGUGUAUGAGUUUGAAGGGCUUAAAAAGCCAAGAAAAGUGCUGGAAAAACACGUGAAUGCAAUAGUGCUGUGUGGCGGAAACAGAAGCCGUGAUGUCGUUUGUUUUUUACCCGACGAAAAUAAAUGGUCAGUGUUGACCGAGUCGAGUAUUGCACGAGACGAGCAUGCGGUGACAGUCAGUGAUAAUGUUCUCUUUGCUUUUGGCACAAACCAGACCGAAAAUAGCCAAAUAGUCGAACAAUUUAACGUCUGCUCAAACACUUGGUCAUUGAUAACAAAUCUCCCUCAAUCUCGAUGUGCCCUGACAGCGGUCACCUUAAAUGAGCAGAUCUUUAUUCUUGGAGGGCGAACGCAGCAUAUAGGCGCAACGAAUAACAUGAUGCGCUAUGAUCCCAGCAUUAAUAAAUGGUUCUACGAAACUCCUAUGAACUGUAGUCGAGCAGGACUCUGUGCAGUGAGUCUUAAUGGCUUUAUAUACGCAUUGAGUGGAAUCAAUGUCAAAGGAGAAUUCCUAAAUACCGUUGAAAAGUAUGAUCUAAGGACCAAGGUUUGGACCGAGAUACCACCUAUGCUUACAGCUCGAUACUACGCUUCGGCUGCUGCAUUAAACAUGAAGAUUUACAUUGUCGGUGGGCAGGUUAAGAAUGGCAGCUGUCUGUCAAGUGGUGAAGUGCUCGACGUAAAGACAGAUCAAUGGACAGCUCUUCCUGGCCUGUCUGUACCUCGACAGGCAGCGGGCAUUAGUCGUUGGGGUAACAAGUUGUACCUGUUUGGCGGAUGCAAUAACUCAGGACGUCUAGACUCAGUUGAGUGUUUCGAUUUGGAAAGCAAUUCCUGGCAGUUUGUUGCUAAGAUGCCUGUAGCUCGAUCUUGGGUUCAGUGUGGUGUGUUGCGUCUUCCUAAACAGCUUAUUGUCUGAGUCAAAGCUGUCAUGUAAAACCAGGCUCUCUGGCCGCGAGGGAAAUCAAAUCAGGCGAAGCAGAUCCCAAAAUCCUUAUAGUCGGGAAUGAUAAAUGAAUAAUGAAGACUGUAGUACCAAGCGCUUGGUAUAGGGACUUGCAGGACUCUUGCAGCUAGCUUAGAUUUCACUAUGAUGAACUAAUAGGGGAGUUUUCUUUUAUUGCAUCAGGUUCGGCUCAUGUGAAUUGGACGUCGGUUGACCUUAGGAGGAAGACGAUUCGUGUAGACUUUCUAUUCGCAAUGCACCGUGCUUGCGCUUAAUUAUUUGCUCAGUGAGCUUUAGGAGUUAGCACCUUUGUCUAUGAAUGAAAAGUAGAAGCAUAGGAACUGCAACUUGGACUGAAUGGUGUGGUGAACUAACAGAUUGUCUGUUUUCUGGAAAAUUGGCGACUGGAGUUAAAUCGCGUAUGCAAGCAGUAUAAGCCUUGGAUGUAUGUAUUUUUUUAAAUGAGGGAAAUUUGUAAGAAUACUAUAAGCUAUUGUAAAGUGGAAAAAAAUAAUUGGAAAUAGCGAGAUAAAGUGCAAUAGAAACGAAUGGGUGGAUAAUAACCACAAUAAAUCCGAAUAGAAGGAAAUGGAGAAAAGA